GCCUACCUUUGUGUUACCCGUCGCACACCAGGAACUCUGCGGCCAGCAGGGAUUGUGCCGGCGUUUGUGCGAGAUGCCGAUCUCCGAUGUGUGGAUUUUAAUCUAAUUUUCUCCGGUGGAUGUACAGUGCUGCGCGUCGCUCGGAAUAACCUACGAAGAAGAAUUGCGGAGAAGAGUGACCGUUGACGGCUAUGGACUCGAGGAGGCUACGCCGUCGCCUCUUAGUAGCCUCCUAUUUCAUCUUCUCCUGCCUCUUCUCAACGGCAUCAGCAGUCUGUGAAGUGAAAGGUGGCGAGACCGUCAUCAUUCUGGACGUUCAAGAAAGUAGAGGAAACCAGACAGAGCAGCGGACGUACCCGGAAGAGCUACCGAUUGCAGGCGAAAUAGAAGACAUUGACCUCAGCAUCCAGACAGCGAGCUAUGACGUCUUCAGGCUGGACGGCAAAAGCCUAGUUCUCAAGCGACCUCUUGACAGAGAUGCCGAAGAUAUUGCGUCGAUACGGCUUCAGGUGCUGUGCCAAGCCAGGUUAGGAAGGAUUCAGCCUUUCUCUCAACGUGCCAUUCAAGUGCUUGUCCGUGUCAACGACAUCAACGAUAACCCUCCUGUAUUCAAACAAUCUCAGUAUGAGACGACAGUGUCAGAGUUGGUACCCGUCGGUACGACCAUCUUUCGCGACCUGUCUACCAUGGACAUGGACACUGGCACCAACGGCCUUGUCGAGUACACUACUGUCCGUGGUGACGGAAGCCACAAUGACGGCUACGAUUACUUCGCCAUCGACCUCCCAUAUCAGGGACUAGUCACGGUCAGCAGGCCACUGGACUACGAGACGUCCAAGUUCUACUACCUGGUCGUCAAAGCAACUGAUAAAGCUACGAAUCCAGAGGAAAGAUUAUCCAGUACCACGACGCUGACUGUGUACAUUGAGGAUGGUGACGAUCAAGACCCCAGCUUCGCGUACGACGGAUGUGCACGUGUUGGUCGCAAAUGCGUCAACCCGGAAUACAGAGUUGACGUCACAAGUGGUGUCAAUACUGGCAUCCUCAAAAUCCACCCAGAAGAUAUCCGAGCAGAAGACAGAGACUCACUCAGAGCCAGGAUACGUUACAGCUUCGUAAACGGUACGCCUGCAAUCUACCAUAAUUACUUUGCCAUUGACCCGGACAGCGGCUUCGUCCGACAACUUCAACCCGUCGACCGAUCGGUGGGAAAGAACUUCGUCAUGGUAGUUAAAGCAGAAGAGGCGACGACAAGCCGACGGUUUGCCACAGCCAAGCUGACCAUCUCAGUACAAGUCGUUGACAGCCAUCCACCCGUAGUCUCAGCGUCGGCCGUCGAAGGGUUUGUCGAUGAAAAUUCUCCGGUGGGAACGCGCGUGCUUUCGGAACACGGCAAGCCGAUAUACUUCAGCGUCACCGAUCCAGACAUUGCCGAAGAUGACCCCGUUCCGGAGUACGUGUUCGAGUUGACGACGACAGCGUUCCAAGUGGACAAUAAUGGCGUCCUCGUUGUUAACGAAGGCGAUUUAGAUAGGGAUCCCCCUAACGAGAGCAGAUAUACCUUCCAGGUCGUGGCUCAUCAAAGGGAGAGUGCUCCUGGUAAAGGAAGCAGUGCGCCUCUUUCGAUAAGCGUCAACUUGAAUGAUGUCAACGAUAACAGCCCUCGGUUGCCCACCUUAUCUCCUGUGACCAUUCAGGCGGGGGAAGGUGUGAGAAACGUCACGCAGGUACAAGCCCGUGAUAAUGACGAAGGCGAGUUUGCCAAAAUCAUGUACUCCAUAUACCACGUGUCCAACAAUGGACGCGACAAAUUUCGCAUUGACCCCGACACCGGACGUAUAGAAGUUGUUGGCAAGGUCAACUCGGGCGAACAGUACAGCAUCACGGUGCAGGCUACAGAUUCCGGCGCCAGGUUCGUUCAAGGAAUUCAAGACGUCAUCGUUAUACCCGGACCCAACACCGGCGGUCCCGUGUUUUCGAAGGAGUCGUACGAGGCUCAAGUCAGCGAAGGAGCUUCCGUGGGGUCGGCAGUCGUCACGCUUAAGGCCCAAGACCCUGAAGGAGACGACGUAUCUUACAGUCUUACUGAAGGUGACGAAAAUGGGGAUUUUGUCAUCGACUCGCUCAGUGGAACUGUGUCUGUGGCUAAGCGGCUCGAUCGUGAACAUACCUCAUCUUACACAUUACAAGUAAAAGCGGAAGACAAGAACAGCUUGUUCAACGUUGCGUCUGUGCAUAUCAGCGUGACUGACAUCAAUGACCAGAACCCGGUGUUCGUCCAAGACAGUUAUAAUUUUUCAGUCGAAGAAGGCAAGAAAGAUGCUGCAGUUGGAACCGUACAGGCUAGAGACGAAGACAUCGGAACCAACGGAGAAGUAUAUUACACAAUUUCAGGAAAUAGUGAUUUCGACAUUGACGCGGAGACUGGCGAGAUCAGCACGCGCCACGCGCUUGACUUUGAGCGCCAGAAGGAGCACGUGCUCGUUGUGACUGCCAAAGACCGGGCACCGGAUGCCCGGAUAACCACCGUCAGCGUGACGGUGAACGUGGUGGACGUGCAGGAUGAAAAACCAUUCUUUGAGAGAACCUUUUAUGAGGCAUACGUUCCCGAGAACCAGGAUAACUUCGACAUUCUGACCGUCAAGGCAACAGAUCCCGACACAAACCCCAGCAUCACCUACGAGAUUCGGGAGGGUGAUGCCACUCUAUUCGCUGUAGACCCUGUCACAGGCGUCGUCCGUACCCUCAAGGGGCUGGAUUAUGAACAGCGGAGCAGCCACACGUUAGUGAUGGGAACCAUGGAAAAUAAAGACGACGAUGUCAAGGCUACUUGCACUGUGCGGGUCGCAGUUGAAGAUCGGAACGACAUGGCACCACGUUUUACAAGCGUUCCCUUGCCGAUCCGGUUGCAGGACACAGUUCCUCUGGGCACCAUCGUUACGACGGUCAUGGCAACAGAUGGAGACGGUUCUCCUCCUGGAAAUGUGAUCCGAUACGAACUCAGCGGUCAGGGCCGAGCUCCUUUUUACUUUCUUAUCGACAGCACGAGCGGGGUGAUCACCGUGAAAGACGACCUCCGGAAAGAGCCAGACUCGGAAUACAGAAUUGAGGUUCAAGCGCAUGAUCUCGGCGACCCCUCGUUAGCUGCUACGGCGGUCGUCACGGUUUACGUGGAACAUAUUGCCACAGUGCCACCUGACUCCGGCUUAGGAUUUGCGGAUGGAUUUUACACGAUCGAGCUUCCGGAGAACGCACUUGCUAACACAUUGGUCAAGACUUUGCCGAUCAUCAACAAACCGCGCGAGAACUUUCCAGUAGAGUGCCAAAUCGUAACGGGAAACGAGAAAGGCCAUUUCUACGUGCUUGACAAUGAAGCACGCGACUGUGAAAUACGAGUUCAAAACCAGAAUCUUGAUUACGAGGAACAGAACAAGUAUCUAUUGACGGUCCACUUGAACACAGUUGGCGGCAUAUUUGGCUCGGCGAGACUCACCACGCAAGUCGCGAUUCACCUCUUGGACCAAAACGACAAUCGUCCCGUCUUCAUGAUUUCACCAAUGUACAGUCAAUUGACGCAAAAUCGCUACAUCGCUGCGCUACCAUACGACGCACCUGCCGGAACUCGAUUCCUGCAAGUCGUGGCCGAGGACCUAGACUCUGGAUCCAACGGGAAAGUUAUGUACGACUUGUCUCCGGACACAGAUCCCGACGGAAAAUUCCAUAUCGAGGCGCAUACGGGUUACGUCAGCAACGUCAAAACGUUUGAAGAUACAGAGGGACUUCAACUCCCAAUCAAACUGACAGUUACGGCAAGAGAUAGUCCAGACUUAAGCAGCAGGUCGCUCGCGCAGUCAGUCGAUGUUUACGUUAACCUCAUCAACGAUGACAACCGCGUGAUACUUGCUGUGGCAGACGUGUUUCCAGACAAGGCCUUGCAGCUGAGAGACCAUAUCGUGAGCAUCGUUCAGCAGCAGACCCGUCUCAUUGCUGGUGUCGAGAGGGUGGUUGCACUUAAGGUUCUUCGGAAUAACUCUAUCGUCACGGAUUCUUCAGGGAGUGACAUAUGGUUGCACCUUGUUGAUCCCGCAACCCUGAGAAUCCUCUCUGUCGGCGAUCCACGAGUCCAAACAUUGGUAUCUGAAGGACCUCAACAGCGAUCCUUCCUCGACCACCUGUCCAGAAGUCUGGGCAUCAAUGCUCAGCGACUCAGGUCACCUUACGUGAUCACCACAACGCCACCAAACAUCGUCCAUCCUGUUAAGAUCAGUGGUGGAGAUUCCAGUGACCUAGGUGCAGCGCUCAUCGUUUUGGCCUGCAUCAUUGCGGUGCUCGGCUUCGUUGGGAUAGUAUACCAUUGUUGCAUGUGGUCCAGGUACGUCGCGAACAAAGAGCGCCUCAAGCGAAUGUGCAUAGCUCCUCGUUACGAACCAGUCUACGCGGACUCGAGUCUGAAGGAAUACGAGACACAAGUACUGCAGAUGAGUGUACCCGUGGACGAAGGAAGCAGCUACCGAGGGCCUCCGUAUGGGAUAAAGAACAUUGAGGAAGUGGCCUACGUGAGUCGUGGUCUGGUAAAUGGGACUUCCUAUGAUGGUGGCUCCAGCUCGCCAGUAGAGGGCCCUGCCAGCUCCAUUGGAAACGCGUCGACGGCGCGUGUGGGCAGCUGUGUUUCGGCGUUUGAUGAGCCACUAGGAGCUACUACCAAAAAUCCGCUCUAUGAAGGGCACGAUUCGGAAGAAGAACAACACAGUCGCGAACAAAGAGGACAGCCAGCGCAUAAAAAUGGCCUUACUAUGUUACAUCCUCAACCAAAUGGCACUCCAGGCAGGAACAGACAGCAGUUUAUGAAUGGCGUGGAGACGACAACGGAACUAUGACCUAUUUAUUAUGUGUAAAACUGUACAUAAUAGCGACACGUUGAUGGUGCCAUAUUCUGCUGCAGUCCAGGGCAGAGAUGGACGCGAGCCAGAACUACUACAUGGUUGUUUGGAACAUCACUGAGAAACAAUAGAGACCCUCGAAGACUACGGUCAAUGCAAGAGAGACACGUUUGUGCCAAUGGGGAUACUUGUGCUACAUUCCAUGGUAGUAGUGGAGAUCUGCCGUGUGCGGGGUGGGCUACACAUCCACGACAAGAUAGCGCGACGCUGUUCUGAUCGGAGUAAAAAUAUAUAUUUCACGUGAGAGUGGGUGAGGAACUGCACCAAGUGCAACGAAGUAGUCGCCUGUUUGCUUGAAAAGUUUUAUGCGAUAAUACGACGACGACGUUCUUCUGGUUUCCUGUGUGUUCUGGUUCCUGGACAGGGGUUCCACAAGAGGAAACAUUACCAGUGGAUGUAACUAGGUGGCCGCUAAGUUCGACGAUGCGUUAUAUAAAUUGCAAUAUAGGUAUCCGUGUAUUCACACGUGGGCGACAUUCUACAGAAUACUGCAGCGUAAGACGCCCAAAACGUCAUAGCUUCCUGCUGCCAGCGUCAUGCCUUUUUGCGCUCUUCUAACCACGAGGAAUAUCCUGCGGCUCAGCCACAAGAUAUUUCGUAGCAGACGACAGGGCCGACGGUGUCGUCUGCUACGUACGCAGCACGCCACAGCCGAUAUUCUGGCGCUGGUGCGAGUGCUCAACAUAAGACGCGACAGCACUUCCGCCCCAUGAGCAGCUUUUUGCUUUUUCUUCCACUAGAAUAUUCUUUGGGGAUGUCACUCGUGUGAAUACGCGGUGUCUGCGAUUGUGGAGUGCACACCCGCUGCGAAGCCACGAACAGCUUCUCGCUACCAAUACUCAUAGUGGUACGACAAUGAGGUUUGUGUCAAUAAACGAAAAGACGU